AUGUCUAAAUACAACAGUGCAGAGAGUCUAAGAGGUGGGCUAAUUCCAAGACCUGCACGAGGUUUCUUAGUCAAGGUUGUGCUGGAGAAGAGCGAAGGCAGGGGACUAGGUGUGUUUGCAGACCAGUUCAUCCCAGCUAACACAAAGAUCGCAGAAAUAUCUGGAGAAUCCAAAUACUUCAACGAAGAGGAAGCUCUUGCCUAUCUUGAAUCUCUGCCUUCCGACGAAGAGAGGGUCUACUGGCUGAUACAUGUGUAUGGUUUCAAGGACAAGAUUGCUCUCGAUCCCUAUGAUCUGCUAAUGAUCAAUCACUCUUUUUCGCCUAACAUGACCAUGGUAGUCAAUGACUACAAUGAUGCCUAUUUGAAUGCGCUCCGUGAUAUCUUGAAGGGAGAAGAGCUCACGGAGGACUAUAACUCCUACCCUGACCUUCCCUUCCUGGACCAGUUGUUGGGACAGUAUGGCAUUGUUGAGGAUUACUGUAGCGCGAAUGUCGUGGAGAAAAAAACCAACGCCACUGCGAUUCAUGCAACCCUGGGACUGGCUCCUGCCAGAGCAGAGGAUUGUGCUACUGUCGCAGAAACAACGUCAAGUGCAGCAGCGAAUAUUGCUCGUGCAAGGGACAGUGCCCCAACGAGUAAUUACUGA